AUGGUAGUCAAGUUCGGAGUGGAAGUCUAUGCGCGCGAGGCCGACGUCAUGACAUUCGUAGCGUCCCACACAUCUAUCCACAUACCGCGCCUCUACGGCGUCUUCACCGAGGCCGUCUUAAACAACACCGUAACCUACAUCGUCCAGGAACAGGUCCCCGGCACCCGGCUCGAGCACGUCUUCGAAACUCUCUCCGCGUCCGAGCGCGACGCGAUCGCGCACCAGCUGAAGGACGUCUUCAUCCAGUUGCACAGUCUGGCCGGUGGCAGGACGCGACUCGAGCCGUUCGGUGGCGGCUCGUGGGCGCGCACCCUCUGGUUCAAGUGCUUCCAGAACGACUUUCCCAUGGGCGACGACGACGCACACACGACGCGCGCCCUGCUCACCUACUUCCUCGGGAUCACAAGCAGACGGUACCGACCCGGCGGCGCCUGGAAGCUCGACGAAUUUCUCGCGCUCUUCGAUCUCGACCGGGCUCCGAUAUUCUCGCAUGGCGACCUUACGCCUUGGAACAUCAUGGUGCACAACGGGCGAAUCUCCGGGAUCGUCGACUGGGCGGAGGCGGGCUGGUACCCGUACUUCUGGGACAGCUUCGUGCUCGACCGCGCGGCGUCCAUGUUCUGGAAGGUCCCGGGUGCGCAGGAGAUGCUGCGCGCGGCGUUGCUUGAGUUCUUCCCCGAGGGUACCGAGUUUGGGAUCCACUGGAAUGUCCAGAGCGACUUCUAUUACUGA